CCCAAAUUGUACACUACCCUACGUGCUAAAACCAGCUAACCAAGGACAAAGCUACAGUGCCUGAAUGCGGUGUGGCUGUUCGGCUGGGCACAGCGCUCCCCUCCCCCCCGGGCGCAUCGGAGUGCAGCUUUGGCCGGACCCGACGCCCAGCUCCUAAAUUUUGGCAGUUGCAGCGGAACGCCCCAUCUGCGAGCAAUUGUAGCCUUUGGAUCUGGAUUCGCAUUUGGAUCUGGGAGCUCGGCGACAGCGAUCUCGACAUACACCACACAGCCAUGGCAACUCCCAACUGCUGGCGCUGCCUCGCCCGGCCCUCUCAGCGCCUUCUGAGGCCGACUGCCAUCGCAAUACCCACGGCCAGUGCCCCCUUCAGCACUUCCGCCGCCCAGUUGGCCAAGGAUGACAACUCUGCCACGAGACACGUCAAAGCCGGAAAGAGGCUUGUUCUGGGCAAGAAGAAGAAGAGGCCCGACCAGGGCAAGCCCGUUGGUCCCGGCGAGAGGAAGGCUUUCAGGAAGCGGAUACAGCUCUCCAACGACAAUGCGCUGGAAGUCCCCGGCCUCGAACAGCUCAACGCCCAGGACCUCGUCGACCCGAGCGCCGUCGGAACCAUGGUCGGCCUACCUGACCAGCUGAUCGACCAGCUGCGAGCCACCGAGGCCUUCAAGCCAACCCAGAACUGGGGCCUGUUCAGGAGUCCGCACAUGUUGAUCCGACAGGAGACGGUGCAUCUCCUCAAGGACAUCACAGAGAAGAUCAGCCAGAAGCAGACCGUGAGAACCGUCAUCACGGGCGAGAAGACGAGCGGCAAGAGCAUUCUGGCGCUGCAAGCGCUAUGCGCAGGCUUCUUGAACAAAUACGUUGUCAUCAACAUCCCCGAGGGCCAAGAUCUCACAACAGCCCAUACCGAGUACCAGGAGAUUCCCAAGUCAGACCAGUUCUCCCAGCCGGUCUACCUCCUCAAGCUCAUGCAGACCAUCGCCGAGACCAACCGGGAGGUUCUCUCACAACAGUUCAUCAAGGGCGACCACAUCCACCUGCCCUUCAACGCCCCUCGCUCCAUGUCGCUCGCCUCCUUGCUCACCGCGACCAAGGAGAACGACUUCGCUUGGCCUACCUUCCUUGCCUGGUGGCAAGAGCUCCUUCUGCCCGGCCGCCCACCCAUCUUGUUCAACCUGGACGGGCUUAGCCACAUCAUGCGCGUCAGCGACUACCGCAGCCCGGCCUUCAAGCUCAUCCAUAGCCACGACCUUGCGCUUCUAAAGCUCUUCACUGAGGCUCUUGGCGGCAAGACCAAGUUUGCCAACGGCGCUGCCAUCAUCGGCACCAUGACCAAGAGCAACUGCCCCAAGCUGCCGUCAGUAGAGAAGGCCCUCGAACAGGCUUCCGCCGCGCAGGCCGGUCAGCAGAUCCCUCCCCGCGACCCAUUCUUCGCCAAGUACGAUGACCGUGUCUUCGAUGCGCUGAAGGGCGUGAGCGUGUUCGACGUCAAGGGCGUCUCGAAAGCCGAGGCCAGAGCCCUCAUGGAGUACUGGGCAGCUAGCGGUGUGUUGAGAAUGAGAGUCGACGAGAGGAACGUGAGCGAAAGGUGGACCUUGGCUGGCAACGGCGUGCUGGGCGAGAUGGAGAGGACUAGCUUGUACGCUGUCCGCUUGUAAGAUAUGGCGGAAGCCAGUCCCCUUCGACUAUGUAGAGACUUGUGUAUACUUCUGUACAAACUUAGCAGACACGUGAUCGUGCAAUGUUCAUCAAUGUUUGUGCCAUUCAUCAUUUCAGUCUAUGACGCACUGGGU